AUGCUAGGCCGUCCUUAUCUAGCUCUAUGCGCUCUACCGCGGGCCGGGCGCAUCGUUGGACGGCUGUUUUCUAAUCCUCUAUCACAACAUGCUGUUCGACGCCGGUCUGGUCCGUAUGGCUACACCCAGGCCAAGGCUCUUGUCUUUUCCCAGAAUGGAGAGCCGUCGGACGUAUUGAAACUUCACACGCACUCCAUCUCUCCCUCGCUUUCUUCUAAAGCCGUCCUGCUGCGGGCUCUUGCGGCUCCCAUCAAUCCUGCCGAUAUAAACACCGUCCAGGGCACGUACGGCUCCCAGCCCAGCUUCACUUCCCUCAUCGGAACCUCUACCCCGUCCGCGAUCCCCGGAAAUGAGGGCGUCUUCGAAGUUCUCGCCACGGGCGAUCCGUCUUCCCCAGUUCGCAAGGGAGAUUGGGUGAUACCGGCCGUUGCGCAGUUUGGCACGUGGAGGACGCAUGCCGUGGCAGACGUGGACGAGAUAAUCAAAAUCAAUAAAGAAGGCCUGAAGGCGACUCAGGCGGCGACCAUCUCUAUCAACCCCGGCACGGCAUAUCGCAUUCUAAGAACAUACGGCCCCAACGCUGGAAUCAGCAAGGCUCUUGGCAUGCGACCGCUCGAGGUGGGCAGCGGCCAGUGGUUUAUCCAGAACGGCGCCAAUUCCGGCGUGGGCAGAGCGGCCAUACAGUUUGGCAAGCUCUGGGGCCUCAGGAGCAUCAACGUCAUUCGCGAACGAAGCUCUCCCGAGGCGACGGAAGAAUUGAAAAAAGAACUCACGGGUCUUGGCGCCGAUGCCGUUGUGACGGAGACACAGUUCUUAUCUCGGGAGUGGAAAGACCAGCUGGCGGAAAUCACAAACAAGGGCCGCGAGCAGAUUGGGCUUGGUCUGAACUGCGUCGGCGGCAAAUCUGCCACGGCUCUUGCUCGAUCGCUCGGUGAGGGCGCCACAAUGGUGUCGUAUGGAGGCAUGGCUAGGCAGCCUGUUGCUCUGCCUGUGGGGUUGCUCAUCUUCAAAGAUAUCCGCUUUGUUGGCUUCUGGCUUUCGCGAUGGAAUCAACAGGAUCCCACCGGGCGCAGACACAUGACUGAUUACAUCGUGGAUAGUAUCCGCGAGGGUAAAUUCCAAGACGUUCCUCUGGAUGAAGUGGCGUGGAACUGGGAAACCGAGGCUUCUACUCUGACGGAGGAAGUGCAGAAAGGCCUUCAGGGCUUCAGAAAAGGUAAAGGCAUAUUCGUGUUUGGCGAUACAUGA